GCAUGCAAAAAAUAGGUACAGUUUUCCAUAUUUCGCACGGUCAGCACGUUUUUUCCGUAGGUGGCACAGCGAAGUAGAAAAGCGAUGUCCUUGAUUUGGAUUUUUACGCGACGAGCCCUUUAGUACUACAAGUUGAAGUUAGACUAGGAGUUUGAUGAUAUUUUUGCUUUGUCUUUACUUUCCGGCCUGUCCUCUUCGUGUUUGAAGAAAAAAGCAAAAAAAAGGAUGAUCGACGGGCUUGAUCCUGCCCUGGAGCAGGCGAUCGCACGCGACGUGUGUGCGGAAAGCUCCGCGGCGCCGCUCCUCACCGCGCUUCAGUACCCGCCCGCCCAGAUGUGCUUGCGCUUGAUUGGCCGUGACGCGCAGGAACGGAGUGCGUCGAAGCAAAAGUUGCAACUGGACCUGCGGGAAAAGAACCACGCAGAACGAGACUAUGCAGCGUGGGAAGCAACCACGACCAUGGUUACGAUCACAAGGAACAUAAGAAUGAACCGUCAUCAAAGGCCUCCAGCGAAAAAAGAAGAAAGCAAAAAGAAUAACAGUGGCGGUGCUGUAAAUGAAGCCGAAGAUGAUGUUGACACAGCGAAGAAGCAACAGUGUCGCAAGGUUCCAGCCUUUGUUGAUUCACAUGUUUGCCUGGUACAAACAGACCACUCGCCGUUUGCGACCACGACAGAUCUAUCAACGGACGAGGAAGAGGACGAUGAUAUAGACAACUUCUCAGAAGCCCGUGCCGAAGCUGCACGUCUGAAACACGUCAUUUACGUCUCGUCUGCGACCGGCACUGCCUUGAUGCGAGGGGCGAAUUUGUAUUGUCCAGGAGUGUUGGCCAUUCGUCCUGUAGUGGCUCCGGCGGUCCGUAGAAAAAACGGCGACGCCAAAAGUCGCGACGAAAUAGUAGCCGACGCUACUGCUAGAAAAUGUACUAGGUCUGACACGACCUACGAAACGCCAAAAAAGCUUCAUCACAGUAACGAGAACGACAAGGAGAGCAGCAUGAGGCACGGGCACGAAACUACUGUCAAGAAGGAGAAGGACCAUAUCCAAGAGAGGCGAGAGCAACGAGCAUUGAAGCUGGGCCAGCGCGUGGAAAUACGCAUAGCGCCGCCGGAGGCUGAGACUCACAUAACCCGUGGCCAGGACGCCGAGGAAAAGUGGGAUCACGGCGGGAAGCCGAACAAAAUUGCGGAGGGCACACUGCAGGUCCGGUCCCGCGCCGACCUGUUUGCAAUGGCUGGAGUCGCUGUGCAUAUCGAUAAGCUGUUCCCUUUGGUAGAGCAAAAACAAAAACUCGCAACAGAUUCUAGUACUUCCUGUGUUAAAGAGCAAAAGCAGGCCACUGUGCGACUACCUGGCCGAGAACCUAUUAUACGUAGUGCGCAGCAUGUCAUCUACCCCCUGCCGUCAGUCAACGCGUUGCUCCCUGGGCGGAUUUAUUCGCAGCAGCUCCCUUCCGUGAUUGCUGCCUUGGCUCUCGGACAAGACGACGCAACAGGCCUCCGCAUCCUCGACAUGUGUGCCGCACCCGGAGGGAAGACGUUGGCGGUGGCGGAUGCUUUUCCCAACAGUGAAAUCGUCGCGCUAGACCGGAGCUACUCUAAAGUCAGGAAGAUUGAAGCCGCUGUUGCCGAGCGUGAGAAAGUGCUGGAAAAAUACGCUGCGUGGAACGAGAAGAAAUACUCCGGCUCGAUUACCUGCUACCGCGCAAACUCGACCAACCUCGUGGUCGAUCUUCUGGAAGAUUUGGACGCGAAAACUACGUCGAAGGUGCUGCAAAGUGAAAAUGCAAAUGUUGACCACGCUGAAGAAGAAGAAACUAAAACCUCCAAACCCGCCACCAGUAAGCCGUUUUACCACAAGGCCGUCAAGUUGACGAGCGCCCACUGGGAAGCGUUUUACAGGGUUCUAUUCAGUGACGAGGCGCGACUGUUUUCUUCCAAGAACAAAGGGGAGAAAAAGCUUUUCAAGGCUGUAAAGCAGCAGUUCUUGAAGACGAGUUGUAAAACGACCGGCGAAAUCGUAGGAGCUGCUGAAAUUGUAGAAGUUGAGGAGACUUCGAACUGCAAGAAAUGCACACGCGAGCACGUGGACGCGUUGCAGAGAUUGCACAACAACCCCGACCUGUUGAAUGGUGUUGAGGAAGCGCAAGAAUUGCGCGAGACCAUGGCGAAGGCCCGGAAGAAAGUUCUUGCACCACGCGAACAAGGGGGCGAACCACGAGAUCAACAAUCUCAACCUGGAUUGAAUGAUAGAGAAAGUACUCAAACGAAGCGCCCCUCGACGACCUCCACCACCGCGACUAGUACACCAGCAAAACCCCUGCUGGGCCGGCCUCCCUGGGUUCCGGGAUCUUUUGACAAGGUGUUGUGCGACGCGCCGUGCUCCGCCAUGGGACAAAAGCCGUUGCUGCACUACAGUGUCACUUACGAGGAGGUCAAGCAGACCGCGGUGUACCAGCGACAGUUUCUGCGGCAAGCCUUUCAGCUCUGCAAACCAGGCGGCGAAAUCGUCUACUCCACCUGCACCAUCCCGGUCGAGGAAAACGAGGGCAAUGUGGACUGGUUCCUGCGGGCCUUUCCAGACCAAUUAGAGCUGCUGGAUCUCCGAAAACAAUUCGAUCACGACGAAGACAUACUUUAUGGCAGGAUAAAGCGUGAUGAUGAUGAUGUUGAGCUGCUUGGGACUAGUACACCAGCUUCAGCUUCUGAAAGGCAGGACGAGGAGCCCAUUGUGGCUUCGUUUGAUGAAAAAUUCGUGUUUCGAUUCGACCCGCAGCAUUGGGAUCUCGGCUUUUUUGUCGCGAAAUUUCGCAAGAAAGCAUAAACAAACGCGUCGCAACGUGGCCACGACCUCGUUUCCAUUAUUGAAUGAAAUCGAAUAAAACGACAAUAUUUAUAGAUGCAGCGCAAGCUGCGUUGGCUCUGAGACAGGUGAACAUCCUUCCGCCGACUAUAGUUUCUUUU